AUGUCCAUAACGACGACAGCCACUGCACCUUCCUUGCCCCAUGCCCAGCGCCAGCGCCUGAUGCGCUCGAUGCACAAGCUUGAGGCGGUCCUUGGCGAGACGCCCUACGUUGUGCUUGAAUCAACUUCUCCUGGCCACCACUCGCGCUCCUUUUCCGCUGCCCCGCUGCCCAAGAUGUACACGCCCAAUGAGCGGACAUCCUCGCUCCGGCGAGUCCACUCUUCCAGACGUGCCCAGCAAGAGUCUGUCGCUGUCGCUGGCCGGCCUAUGCUCGUGAUCGAUGUCCCCUCGGCAACGCUAAUGUCGCCGACCUCACUCGCGAUGCUGAACCCCGACUUGGCCCCCGCCUCGCCGCUCACCCCGCCCGCCGACGAUGUCUCCCCCACCAGCGAUGCCGCCCGCCGACGCAAGCUCGCCAAGGUCAUGCGGACACUGGGCGAGAACGUCCCGCCCGCACUCGUGUUCCCCGAAUCCAGUCCAACUCCUCAGACAGUGAAGUCCCGCCGGCGGGCAAGCACAUUGACGAGUCAGGUGCCCGACGUCGUCAUGCCCUCUCCGAGGCACAACACCACCACCAUGCUCCGCCCGCCGUCACCCACUCCAACUGCGCCGCGUCUGUCAAACGACUCGCAGCGCUCAUACACUUCCAUGUCGAGUCACAGCCACAGCAACGCUUCGUCGGGGUCCCAGCACUCGCGCGAGUACCUUGUGCCCACGCACCGCAGCGAGAAGGGCUGGAGCGGCGAGUGGGCGGGGAACAUGAGCAUGGACGACGUUGUCAAGGGGCUGCGUGGCCUCAAGAUGAAAUAA